AUGCAAAUUUCCCAGCAACCAGAAGGUUUUCAAUUCUGUCUGACAACAGCUCAGAUACUCUAUGUCAUGUAUGAUGAUGACUAUGUUUUCCAUGGCAUUGUGGAGGCAGAAUUUGGGGUGAGCUGUUGUAACUUCUCAAGGGAUAUGUUCUGUGUUGGACUGUGAUGUUAUGCCUUUCAUAGACUCCUGGUAUGCCUGCACCCUAACACAAGGCCAUUGUGUUCCGGAACUGUUGCUUCUAUUAAAAUAACUGUUGUGUAAGCAAUAUGAUUGUAUUAUUAACUCCCACUAUAUAAGGGACAUGUAACCAUUUAUUCUUGGAGUUCUUCCCUGUGAAAUCAGAGGUGGAUCUCACCUGCAGCUGCUUGUAUUAAAUAAACGUGUAUAAUAAGUUUCUAUUAUAUCAUUAAAUAGUCUUUGCAUUAAUCUUUUAAUCGAAUUUACCACAACAAUACCAUUAAAUCUAGCGGUCAAACAGGGAAAUGGUUCCAAUAAUUUUUCCACCAUUACUUUUUCCCAUAGGGAAUUGGUAUUUUCUUUGUUAAAGUUGGAAUCCGCAGUAGAGGGAAACCGCACCACUGGCCGCCCCACCAUCAUUGUUAUUGUCUUGUUGCCGAGCGGAGGAGCAUCCCGCAGCAUGGUAAAACAAAAACCUGCACAUAUUGACAGAGUGGAAAAAAACUGUGUUCGUUGUGUCCACGUCGUCGUAUUGAAUAGACCAAGGCGCAGCGGUGAUGAAAGAACAUGGUAACCUUAUUAUCUUUAGUGAUAUAGAAACCAACAAUAAACCCCAAAACAAGAAACGACUCGUGAGUCCACGGUAACAUGACCAACACGGAACCAAGAACCCACAAGGGGAACAACAGACAGUUUAAAUAGGCUCCCAAUCAGAGACAAACCCAACGGACAGCUGACACUCGUUGCCUCUGAUUGGGAGUCCACUCUAGCCAACAUAGAAAUAAACACCAACAGAAUGAAACACACCCUUGGCUCAAACUAUAGAGUCCCAGAGCCAGGUGUGUGACAGUACCCCCCCCCUAAAGGCGCGGACUGCGACCGCGCCUCAACUUGAACAAAACAGGGGAGGGCUGGGUGGGCAUUCCUCCUCGGCGGCGGUUCUGGCUCCGGCCUUGCCCACCACCCUCCAAUAAACCCCCCAUAGCGCCCCUGGUCCAGUCUGGCCCCGCUGGCUGGAGCUGAACUGGACGUAGCAGGAGCGGUUAGCUUCAGCUCCGUAGUGGAGCAGUUGACCGGUACCUUACCAGGCACCGGUGACCCAGGCACGGGUUGUGCUGGACUGACGACGCGCACCCCUGGCUUGGUGCGUGGAGGAGGAACAGGCCGGGCCGGGCUGGCGACGCGCACCGUAGGCUUGGUGCGUGGAGCAGCAACGGGCCUUACCAGGCUGACGACGCACACCGUAGGCUUGGUGCGUAGAGCAGGGACAGGCCGGGCUGGGCUGGCGACGCACCCCGUAGGCUUGGUGCGUGGAGCAGGGACAGGCCGGGCUGGGCUGGCGACGCACACCGUAGGCUUGGUGCGUGGAGCAGGGACAGGCCGGACUGGGCUGGCGACGCACACCAUAGGCUUGGUGCGUGGAGCAGGGACAGGCCGGACUGGGCUGGCGACGCACACCGUAGGCUUGGUGCGUAGAGCAGGGACAGGCCGGACCGGGCUGGCGACGCACAUCGUAGGCUUGGUGCGUGGAGCAGGGACAGGCCGAACUGGGCUGGCGACGCACACCGUACACUUGGUGCGUGGAGCAGGGACAGGCCGGACUGGGCUGGCGACGCAUACCGUAGGCUUGGUGCGUGGAGCAGGGACAGGCCGGACCGGGCUGGCGACGCACACCGUAGGCUUGGUGCGUGGAGCAGGGACAGGCCGGACUGGGCUGGCGACGCACACCGUAGGCUUGGUGCGUAGAGCAGGGACAGGCCGGACUGGGCUGGCGACGCACACCGUAGGCUUGGUGCGUGGAGCAGGGACAGGCCGGACUGGGCUGGCGACGCACACCGUAGGCUUGGUGCGUGGAGCAGGGACAGGCCGGAUUGGGCUGGCGACGAACACCGUAGGCUUGGUGCGUGGAGCAGGGACAGGCCGGACUGGGCUGGCGACGCACACCGUAGGCUUGGUGCGUAGAGCAGGGACAGGCCGGACUGGGCUGGCGACGCACACCGUAGGCUUGGUGCGUAGAGCAGGGACAGGCCGGACUGGGCUGGCGAUGCACACCGUAGGCUUGGUGCGUGGAGCAGGGACAGGCCGAACCGGGCUGUGGAGACGGAUAGGAGACCUGGAGUGAAGAGCGGCCACAACCCGUCCUGGCUGAAUGCCUACCUUCACACACUCUGUGUGAGGCAUCCGCACAGGACGUACAGGGCUGUGUACCCGUACUGGCAUAACAGCACGUGACACUGGAGCAGGAUAUCCCGGACCGCGGAGAGGCAUUGGAGACCACGAGCGUUGAGCCGGCACACUCCGUCCUGGCUGCAUACCCACCUUCGCACGACACGUGCGGGGUGCUCGCACAGGACGUACAGGACUAUGCCAGACCACUCGUGGCACAGUACGCCGCUCCGCAUACCGCGGAACCUGCCCCGUCCCAUGCUGCCAUGCCUGAGUACGGGAAGUUGGUUCCGCUCUCCAUCCAGGCUCCGCCAACCUGCCUUCUGGCCCCCCUAACCCGGUGGCCUCCUCUCCAAAUCGCCCUGUGGCAGCCUCCUGCUGCCCAGCCGCCCAUGCCGUGUGCCCCCCCCCUAAAAAAUUUCUGGGGUUGCCUCUCGCCUGUCCGACGUUGACACUGCUGACGCCGCUGCUCCUCUCUCGCCAGGGCCUUAAUCCUAGCCCAUGGCCCUUUUCCCCCGAGCAUGUCCUCCCAGGACCACACUUUGCCCACCUGGGCCAUCGCCAACCUCUCCAUCUCCUUUCCCGGCGCUUCCUCCCAUGUCCAGUCCAAGAUCUGCCCCUGGACACGCUGCUUGGUCCUUGUUUGGUGGGUUCUUCUGUCACGAUCGUCGUACUGAAUAGACCAAGGCGCAGCGUGAUGAACGAACAUGGUUAACUUUAUUAUCUUUAGUGAUAAUAGAAACAACAAUAAACAAAACAAGAAACGACUCGUGAAGUCCACGGUAACAAUGAUCAACACGGAACAAGAACCCACAAACACAAAGGGAAAACAGACAGUUUAAAUAUGGCUCCCAAUCAGAGACAACCAACGACAGCUGACACUCGUUGCCUCUGAUUGGGAGUCACUCUAGCCAACAUAGAAAUAAACACAACAGAAUGAACACACCCUGGCUCAACAUAUAGAGUCCCAGAGCCAGGGUGUGACAGUUGUUUGCAGUAACUUUUUGUUGUUGUUGUAAUAUUGCAAACGGAUGUGGCUGUUUCACCAUUAAGGAUUCCAGCUUUAAUGUUGGAAUUAUUGAAGUAUCCAUGAACAAUUAUGUUUGUUGAAAAGUGGAAAGGGAGAGCUAUAUUUCAAACUAAUUUCUGAGUUCCUAGGUCAAGCCAUGUGGUAACUAGCAUCUUAAUUAACAUUGGGCGGGGGAGAUUGUGGAUUGUUGUCACAUGGAAUGUUGGGAUGGUUGUCACUAUCAAUUCCAUUAUAAUAAAUCACAGUUUACCCACCUUUUUUUGCCUGACAGUUUACCCACCCUUUGCAGAAAAAUGCAUUGAAGGUAUAAGAAGCGUUACUUUUUUCAUUGUGAGUUUACCCACCUAUUUUUUACCACUACAUCCCAGAUUAAAUCCCAAUAUAUUUUGUGCUUGUGCUACUCUUCGUUGCCUGUCUCUCACACACAUAUUUUUUAUGUCACACACCCACACACGCACACAUGUGCAAAUACAUGCAUACACACACAAAUUUACUCAAAAUGUAAUAUUAUAUCCUCACUGCAUAAAAUGCUGAAUUUUGUUAGGAAUAUCGUUCGAUCAAAGAAAGUAUAUUUCUAAGACUGUGUGCUGUAUUACUUCAUUUCCUGUUUCAAAGGGAAUAGUUACUAGCAAACAUUGUGACAACCAACCCCAUACUGUGUGACAUUCAACCCCGCAAUCGGGCUGGUUGUCACAAGUGGACAGGGUAUGUUUGAUGGCUUAUAACUCCAUGUUGGGAUAAAAGUGUAACAACCAACCGGGGUCUCCCCUCCCAUUCAGUAGGCUUGUUGAAAAUGUCUCCACCUGUCCUAGAAAAGUCUAGGCCACCAUCAAAUAAGUGAAAGUUUGAAGGCAUAGUUUGAUGGACCAGUUGCAUUAAAUUAUGCCUCCCAUCAGAACACGCUCACCAGAUACCUCAUAGGAGCAUCAUUCCUCAGAAUAUUUUUUUGUGAAAUAGUCAAUGUUAUUUUUUAAAUGUCUGGUUGAUGGUCAUGUGGGCAGGUACGUUUUCAACGUAAAUAUUUACUGCUGUAGGUUCCCAUGCACCUUGCUGACUAAACUCAACUCCACGAUGUACUUACAGUACUUCAUACAUUACAUAAAUAUUUACUGUAUUUACAAUAUUUACUGUUGUAGAUUCCCAUGUACCUUGUUGACUAAACUCAACUCCACGAUGUACUUCCGUUGAUGUGAAGUACAUCGUGGAAUUGAGUUUAAUCAGCACUCAGCAACCAUGCACCCGGCCCGAUUUAUAGAUUUUAUUUAACCUUUAUUUUAUCAGGGAGUCAUACAGUAUAGAUAUUCCGUAGCCUCUUCGAUGUGGGAGACCUGGAGCCUAGAGACGACAUGUAGCCUACAUAUUAGAUUAUGUCUUACAUUUGAUGUGUGAAGUUUUAUUGUAUACACACCCACUGGGUGCAUCAUGCACGUAAAUGUAAUUUGAUUUGAAAUGUGAAUUUGGGUAUGUGUGCACUUCUAUUCUGUUUGACCUGACGAAGAUCCAGCUAGGUGGAAAUGUUGUUAUUUUCAAAUUAAUUGAUACCGAGAGGUGAUUAACUUGGACAUAAUAUCUCUCACUCAAUUAAUUUCUGUACUGACUGGAGUUGUUGGGCCCAUAGAUUAUGACUUGCAAUUGAAAGUAAAAUUAAUUCACUGCCAUCUACUUUGACGGCUUUUUGAUGUUGGGCCUAAUGUAUAGGAAUAGACGUAAUCUCUCUUGGACAGAUUCCCGUGUAAACGACGAAGUGACCAUUUUCGCGACAAUUUUACUUCUGGGUAACGGAGAUUAGCCUAGACUUGAUCCCUGAGAUAAUAUGGCAACACAGAUCAAUUCAAUUUCAAUGGUUAAGGAAUGGAACCGUGCGCCGGACCGUGCGUGCGUAAUAAUCACCUGUCACAUUAAGAACAUCUUGAUUCUCUGUGGAAGGACAGAUUUUGACAGUUUUUUGCCACCAGAGUCACACUUUCCAAACUGUCCUUUUUCUGUCUCUGGUGUGAGAGGGGAUCCCGAAAGGCAACGAUGACGCAUAUAUUGCCUAUGGAUGGAGGUGGAUGCAGCUCGGGCAACACCAUUGGAAAAAUCUUCGGAAACCCUCUAUUUCCUAGGGGUGUGACGUCUGGGUUUCAGCCCGUGUAAGUAAGAAGACAUAUAAAUACAUAACUCUGUGAUUAACCGUUAUUUACGUAAUGUUACUAAAUACACAUUCCCGGUCUUGCUGUUCAUAGAUCAGUGUUGAAGGCUCCCGUCAAGGCAUUCCGAGGCCAUGUGUUCCUGGAGAGAAUGGUGAGAGACAUGUUGUAGAAUUAUCCUCCCCAGUACUGAUAGUUCGACAUUUUUCUUUUACUUCUAGCAGGGUAGUUGAAGGACUAGGAUAGAACAACGUUUAUUGCUGUGUCAAAUUGAGGUGGUUAGAGAUACAUCGUAAAUGUCCUAAUCCUGACAGCCAACCAAUGAUUUAUAGUAAUCAGUCUUUACCCACGUUCCAUUGGAGAGCUGCAUGAGCUGGUGCAUGAAGGGACUAUAGGGAUAAGAUUAGCAUGAAUGUGUACCUAACAUUUCUAUCUUAACCAUAUGGUCAUGGGUAUUUUUUCUAUCUUAUCUUAUUAUUUUGACUGGUUAUUAUUUGUGUCCAGCUGUCUGCCUCGUCACAUGGCCGUCAACGGAGACAAGCAGGCCACACCAACCGCUGGCAGCUGCACCACCCCCUUGGCAGUGACCUGCAGGGGCAAGCACAAGUUGAGAGAACCAUGAGAGUGGGCAUCAACACAUCACUCAGGACCAUAAGGACAGGUGUGUGUGUGUGUGUGUGUGUGUGUGUGUGUGUGUGUGUGUGUGUGUGUGUGUGUGUGUGACACCUAUGUGUUACAGUUUGACAGAAGUGUUUACAUUUAUUAUCCUAAGAUAAAGGUCUUGAAGGGUACAGUAUGAAGAUUAGUUGAGGUUGGCAGAGGGCCUUGGUUCUUCAAGGAGGUACUCCUCCUAUGUUACCACAGAGCUCUAAGCCAGCCAAAAUCUGUACGUGGCAUGCUGUGUCCACAGUGCCAAAGUCAGCGUGACCCAGCCAAGAGCCCUGCCUACCAGGAGGGGUGCUAGACCCGAUUGGUGCCAACCACGCCAACCUGGUGUUGAGAAACUGGCAAAGUUGUGGGGAGAUUGGCACCUGGAGAGAUCUGACAGCAGCCGGUUUCCAACUAGACUGGCAGUGCCAUCCCAGAGACAAUUAGGCCUUUGACAUCUUCCAGAUACGCUGUGUGCAUCUGUGAGAGCAGAGGAGAGUCACUGGGGAAAACAAUCGCAGAGAAACUAAACUAUUAGGAAUACUUUGUAAAGGUUAAGUUGAACAUGAGAGGUUUUUAUUCAGCACUGAUCAUUUGGGGGGCUUUUACAGUAUCACAACAAUUUCAAUGCAAAUCCAUCAUUGCACCUCCAAACUUAACAUGAAAGUCUGCUAUUGUUAGUGUCACAGAGUCGCACGUGUCUACUGUUGAGUCCAAAACCUCCUUGUGUAUUACCCCUCUCCACACCCCACCCCUCCCUCUCUGUUUGUUUUCCAGCUGACUCUCCACAGCCCUGCACUCAUGAUGAGCCCCCCCUGCCACGGCUUACCCUCCUAGCGAGCACCAGCCUGCCCAGAAGCCCCAGACACUGGUACGCUGCCAGGCCCACAAGGGCACACACUGACAACCAUAGAGAAGGAGAGACAGAGGGAGGACAGUUGAUCAGACAUUUGGGGCCUGCUGCCAGCCGCAUGCAACCAGUAUGGAGCAGGCUGCAUGCCACAUUGGAACAUGAUUAUCUUUAAUUUGGUCUGCUUUUGUGCGGAGCACAAUGGCCACCAUAAAGGGGGCAAACCCACCUGUAGAGUUGGUGAGAUGGUCACGCUGGGAGCAUUUGGGCUGGACGGGAGGGGUGACUUCUGAUGGGGACAACAUGGUUGUGUUUUGAAGGGCUCACCUUGUGUUUGUUCGCUUUUUCAAGUGGCAGACAAGAGUGUGAUGAUUUUACAUUUAAUAAGUCUUUACCGUUUAGAGUUUUCAAUUUGUGUGCUUAUGAUGAUGUGUUUUUGUGUGUAUUUGUUAUGUAGUGUGCCAGGUUAUCCCAGCAAGGCUACUCCAGAGGAUCUGUUCUACCUCCUGUCCCGCAGUGUUGUCCAUUACAACCAACCAGGUUUUUCUUCUUCGUCCGUCUGUCCGUCUGUUCCUCUCUUUCUGUCUCUCUUCCCCCCCCCUCUCUCUCUCCCGCUUUCUCUCAGUCUCUCCCGCUUUCUCUCUCUCACUUUGUCUCUCUCUCCCUUUCCUUCUUCCUCUCUAUCCUGCUCUCUCUCUGUCUCUUUCUCUCUCUCUCUCUCUCUCUCUCUCUCUCUCUCUCUCUCUCUCUCUCUCUCUCUCUCUCUCUCUCUCUCUCUCUCUCUCUCUCUCAAUUUUCAAUUCAAUUUGCUUUAUUGGCAUGACGAAACAAUGUACAUAUUGCCAAAGCUUACUUUGGAGAUUUACAAUAUUAACAUAAUUAAAAGAAUAGUCAUCAAUAUUGUCAACGGGACAACAGUAACAACAAUAAUCAAGGGUCAAAAUAACCAUACAUUGAACAAUAACAAUAUCAAUAAGCAUAGAGGACAUGCGCAGGUUGGUUGGUCUGUCAGACACUGCCCCUCAUCUUAUGGCAGGCAGCAAUGUAGUGCGCUGCCAACCCACAGCUCUCUGCGUCCACCCCAACAGGACGGGUAGCCUAGAGAGGUCUUUGAAACCUUGAAUAAGGGUUUCAAAUUUGGGGAAAUGACACUAAUUGUUUUAUAUUUUUUACAUUUUGUCAGGAAAUGCAGCUCUGUCUCUCUCUCUUUCUCUCUCUCUCUCUAUUACUCUCUCUCUCUCCCUCUUUCUCUCUCUCUCUCGCUCUCUCCCUCUUUCUCUCUCGCUCUCUCUCUCCCCUCUUUCUAUUUCUCUCUCUCCCCUCUUUCUCUCUCUCUCGCUCUCUCUCCCUCUUUCCCUCUCUCUCUCCUUAUUUCUCUCUCCAUGAAUGUUGUUUCCAUUUAUUUUCUCAACUCUUGCCCUUUUUAAAGAGGUGAAAUAUGUUAUGUACCCUUUUAAAAGUAAAGCAACAAAAUGCUUGGAGGGUGCUGUCUCACUGAAAGGUUGACGACCCCCAGUUGAAAAAUGUGCCAAGAAAGGUCAUGAUACCGUAGCAGUGGGAGCAGUCAACAAACGUGACGUCAACAACAACACCAACAACAACUUGCCUGGCUCAGUGUCUUGUCUGUUUGUUGUCAAUGUGUUGUCAGACGUGGUGUUGGAGUGCCUGGGAAGCCAGUGGGAGCUGCACUGCGCUAAUCUCACCAAAUCAGGCACCCUGAGCGACCUCUACAUGUCAACCAGACAGCAGAGGGCAACGGGCCUUCAGGACAGAGCAGGUGCACCGCUUAAAUGUGUCUCCCAGGGGCCAGAGUUGAUCUGAGUACAGUAUCUCUGCAUCUCUUACUGACUUUGCCAUACUUUUUAGCGUUAUCUGUGCUGAGUGUUGGAGAUAAGAGUAUUACAGCCCUAAUGUCUCUGCAUCCUCUCUCUGGUCCUAUCUGUUGUGGGAGACAGACUUCCCAGCUAGCACAUUUGGCUCCUUGGAAGUUGUGGGAACGUACACGGAUCCCCUACCAGAUUAAACCCACCCCAACCCCCCCAUUCUCCAACAGAGCCCCACCCCAAUACCAGACUUAAAGCAGGCAGGAUAUAGAAUUUUAGUAAUUUGAUCAAAUAACAAAAAAAGUGAAGAUAUAAUCAAACAAAAAGUAAAGAACAGUAAAAAUAGUGAUACAAAUUCUAAUUUGGGUAUGUUUAUGGAGUUGUGGGUCCAUGUCUUCCAUGUCUAACUGGGUCCAUGUCUUCUACAAAGGAUAGGAAAGGUUGCCAGAUAUUAUAAAAUGUAAUUGCAGAUCCCCUAACGGACUAGCACAUUUUCUCUAGCUUGAGAUGUUGCAUAACUUCCUUUAUCCAAUGGUUAAAAGUAGGAGGAAACUGAUCCUUCCACUUAAAUAGUAUAAGACGUCUAGCUAGAAGAGUAGUAAAUGCCAGCAUGUUGCCCAUAGAGCUGUUUAGAGGGGCCUCCUGUGGUGCCACUCCCAAUAAUGCAAUAAAGGUUUUAUAGGUCUCACCAGUAUAUUAGAAAACUUCUCAAAAAUGGAUAUCCAGAUAUCUGUCACUUUCGGGCAUGUCCAAACCAUGUGCACUAAAGUAGCAGGAGCCUGCUUACGUCGGUCAUAAGUGGGAUCUAUUUCUGGUCUUAUCUUGGAUAAUUUUGCCUUUGACCAAUGCAGCCGAUGAACUAUUUUUGAUCUCUCUUAGACAAAACAGAUGAAGAAUGUAUUCUCUGAAGCAUAUUCUGCCAAAAUUCAUCUGAAAGUUGCUCACCUAAAUCAUCUUCCCAUUGGUUCUUAAGAGAGCAUCAAAUAAUUUGUUAAAUAUAUAUUUUUUAUAUUUACAGGGGUCCUAAAAUUCCAAAUCAAAUAGCUAAAUGAUCGUUGGUAUGACCUUCUUAAAACAAUUCCAUAUGUUAGCUUGGAGCCCCGGAUGGGCCCCGGGCCCUUAGAUCUUAUAGAAACAUGAAGAAACUUGUAGGAAAUGUUAGAAGCGUUGUUUUUUAAUGUUCUCUGAACUAUUUGAGAAAAUUCCUAAUGUCAAAUCAGUUGGCGAACAUUCCUAGAACAUUACCAAAAUUGAAAUUAAAUGUCACCAUGUUUGAACAUUUAGGAAGCGUUCUGUUAAGUAAUGAAAUACCAAGAAAAGAACUUGUUUUUUGUCAAGUUCCUUAAAUGUGCUGAGAAUGUUCCAAAGCCAAGCAACUGUCCUGCACCAUUCCCAUAGCAUUGUGAGAAGGUUGUACGCAAAAUAACCAUAGGACAACCACGCUCUCACCAAGUUCUAAGAAACAUAUGGUUCUCAGAACUAAAUGUGCUAGCUGUGUUAGUGCCAAAUGCUUGUCCUAUGAGGACAUUUUUUGGAAACUUGUGAGGAAUGAGCACCUCUAUGUAAUGUUUUAUAGAGACAAUCCGGAAUUCAGACAACUUCAUCAGUCCCUUCUGUAAAGACAUACCGUAUGUGAUUAGAUUAUUGGGCUUGUUCUCCCCCAGCAUAUUGGUCUCAUUUUUCUCAUUCAGGAAAUAAAACCAAUAAAUUGGACCUUUCAAGUGUUGUGUAGUUGAUGUUUUCUUGAUGUUUUUCUUUUUUUCACUUAUUAUUGCAAUAUUUGCAUCUUAGGUGUAUCUUUAAGUGUGUGUUUGUGUACAGUUGUGUAAAUAUCUGUCAUCUGAUUACUUCAGACAUACAGUAGUUGUAACCUGUCUCUUCUUGCAUGGACCAGGCAGUGGUAAGAGUGGGAGAGACAAGUCACGCAGCCGACCAGGUAGCAGCAACUCCAGCAGAGACAAACAGAAUGGGAAGAAACCCACAGGCCCCCUGGUCCUCCAACUCUCUGUGAAAGACGCCACCAUCACCAAAGAGGGUAGCUACAAGAAUCAUACACUCAUAACAUACAUCCAAGACAAAUUUCCCCUCGGGGACAAUAAAGUAAAUCCUAACUCCCAUUCGGUUCAAUCACAGUUCAUGUACCCAUAUCGCUCAUACAGUAUACUGACGGCUGAUGAAUGAAAUUUCCCCCAGCCCUCUCCUUUGCCCUCAGGACCCUCUAUAACCCAGAGGCAUGUCCUGAACACUGGGGAGAGGGGGUGCUCUCUACCGCUGCCCUGCUGGGCCUGCCACACCUUUUCCAGAGGUGAGCCAGACUACCACACCACACUACUAGUCCUGGGGAACCCAUAGGAGUGCAUAUUUGUAGCACUAAUACACCUGAUUGAACUAAUCAAGUGCUUGAUGAGUAGUUGAAUCUGACAUGCUAGUGCUGGGUUAGAACAAAUAUGUGCACCCCUGUGGGUCACCAAGUUCCAUGUUUGAACGUCACUACGCCUCACUGUCAAGCAACACCGCUGGGAGGAACACCGUGCUGUAAAACAAUGCUGUGGCGUGCAAAAACAGGCCAUCACUCAGCCAAAACCGAUUAAUCCUGUUUUCAACAAAAACAAGGUCAAGGAGGAACAGGAAUGAACUUUUCCCUGCUUGUAGACAUGUAUGUCACGUUGGAUAACUUAUGAUACUAUGAUGACUCCAGAAUACACACCCAUCUGUUGUGGGACCUAAGUUGGCCCAGUUGAAGUGGUUGAUUCAUGUCCAUGAGAGGGUGGGGAUGGGUUUGAAUGAGAUGAAUCCAUGUCAACAUUGGCUGUAUUUCCUCAGUGUACUGUAAGCAUGAAAUCAUCAACGCGCUUACAAGUGUCCCACCCAGUCACUUAGUCACCCUGGCGGCCCACAUAAAAAAAUCACUACAGUUUACUAUAGAAUACUACAGUACUUACUAUAGAAUUCUGUAGCAAACUGUAGUAUAUUGUAGAAUACUAUACUACACACUGUAAUAUCCCUUGAUCAUGUGUAGUAUUUACUAUUGAAUGUUGUAGUAUACUGUAGAAUACUAUAGUAAAUACUACAGUAUUAUCCACACAAAAAACACAGAAAUGUCAGUAAAAACACUACAGUCCACAAAAACACUGUUUUUUUUGCUAUAGUAAAUACUACAGUAUUUAACUUGCAUAUACCCAUUCCCCUCCCCCAUAUCCCAAUUUGUGCCACCCGUGAGUGAGAAACCUACAUGCCAAGUAUAGACCAUAUAGUGUUUCUUAUAGCAAACUGUAAACACUACAGUAAAGUCCACAGUAAAGUCCACAAAAACACUACAGUAUUCCUACCAUAGUAUACACUAUAGUAUUGUUUCGUGUGUGUAUCGUAAAUAAAGCAAAAGUUUAUUAUGAGGUGACAGACAAUAAGUGUGUGAUUGACAGGUGCCUAACAGAGAUGAUAAAUAAGAUCAGCUCCUCCACUGUUUGUAUCUUUCAUCGCAUGUCCUGCAAGGUAAGCUGGGGUAGAUCGUACUAGCUUGUGGUGUGGAGUGGUUCUAAAAGUUACUGCUCGGAAAUAUACACUAGGGGGAGUCAAAUCUCCUCAAACACAUAAAUGCACUGCUGUCUGAAUAUGUCCAUCCACGUUUGUCUAUGUUGUUGUCUGUAUGUGACGUUUUGCAUGAUGGUAUAUGUUUUUGUGUGUGUGUGUGUGUGUGUGUGUGUGUGUGUGUUUGCCUAUUUUUCCGUGUGGUUCAGUUUAAGGAAACCAGUCUUCAGAGAGCGUGUGAGCGAUGGCUGGAGCUUUACCUGGUGACUGAGUUGACAUGUUUCAUCUACCUAAGAGACUUGCCCUUUGAACUCCUCCACAAGACCCUAAACUCACCCAGGUAGCUGCUAGAAUAAGGUCAAACUUAAACAACACCCUAUUCUAGUCAUAACUCACAUUGUUGGUUUUCUAUGGCCUCCAGGGUCUUUGCUGACUGUGAGUACCAGCUCCUGAAGACAGUGCUGUACUGGGUGUUCCUACAGUUCAACCCUGCAGCUCAGAUCCUUCCCUCCCAUAGGAUCAUUAUGACCUUCUUCUCCAGGUACAGGUCACACAGGGCUCAAGGUGGUAGUCAUCAGGCGUAAGUUUAAUUGUAUUUCUGUUUAAGUGGAGGGAAUUCGUAGACUCCUGUCCGUGAGUAGCAUGUUUGUUCUGUUUGUUUGAACAUUGAUUCUGGUAGACAUGUAACUACAAGCCCCACAAGAUUAUCUCUAGUUAUUUCUCUCUCUCUCUCUCUCUCUCUCUCUCUCUCUCUCUCUCUCUCUCUCUCUCUCUCUCUCUCUCUCUCUCUUCUCUCUUCUCUUUCUCUUUCUUCUCUCUCCUCUUCUCUCUCUCUCAUCCUCUCUCUAACGCUCGUUCCUCUCUUCCGGCCUUCCUACUCUCCUAUUCCUCAGCUCAUCCUCCUCUCUUGAUGCAUACUAAAAUCUUCUUCCUCGUUGGCGAGGGUGGUCUUCUUGACGCCUGUGGACGUUCACCUUCUAUUCCGGGCCCUUCGCUUACAUGGCGUCACUCAACGUGAGUGGCAACGCCAAGGCCAUCGACUUUUCAAACCUCGAUGACAUAACACUAAAACAGUCUGUUUUUCUCUUGUUAUGUUUAUUUGUUACGUUUAUUUGUUAAGUUUGAGUAUUAAUUCAUGUUCACAAGGCCUUUCAUAGUGCAAUCUGUUCAUCAUUACUAUGUCGCAAUGGUGGAAGGAGAAGGACUCUAAACUAAAGCCAGACCUAUUGGCCGCGGCCUCAGUAUGUGACUACAUCACUCUGGCGCCCGUGUCCGAACCAUCAUGCAGCUGGAGACACAUAAAAUGUGUUGCUGCGGGUGCCUGCGGACCAGCGGUCCAUAGUAGAGAAGCCCGUUUUAAAACCAGAUUGAUAUUAAAAAACCACGCAACGUGACUCUUAACCUCUCAGUAUGAUUCUGAUAAGCAGAUCUGUGAAAACCAUACACAGUACACACACUGGGCCAAGCCUAAGUGGGCACACUCUGUGGUAGAGAAAUCAGAAUUAGCUAAGUAACAUAGAUAAUUAAGAUGUCUUAUCUGCAGAAUAUGCUUAUAUGAUUGAACUGUCGAACUCUUGAUAUUAGAAUGUCUCCUUUCGGACUCUGGUGUUGGCAGCUGCACUUCCUCCCUGAUAUGGGCCUCAGUCACCUGGGGCCCAGAGAGGGGAGAAGUCAGGCUUGUCUAUCACAUGUCCCUGUUGCUAUGCAGAAUAUCAGAAAGAGAUUAAGGCAAAGGAGGUCAGAAGGAAACAUUGUUUCCAUAUGUGAGAAUACGUGUUUUUACCUAUUGCGGACCAUGUGAAGGGAUGGCGUGAGUAAUGGGAACCAAUCAAAUGUCUCCAUAAUGUCUGUGUGUCAUUCACCCCCUCCUUUGGCCUCUCUCCUGUUUAGUGGCUGGAACCAUUGUACGUCAUCUCUGAUGUUGCACCUAUCCUGAGAUGGUAUAUAACCCAGAGGCUCACUCCACUCAGUGGGCUCUCACUCUAUUCACUUUGGUGUGGGUAUUGUGACCAGCUCCCUUAUCGAUACGUUUUUUAAUGAAGUGAAAAUUCUGAUGGUGAUUGACCUUGUCUCUCCUCAUUAUUGAUUAAAAUAUCCACCACAGCUCCCAGGCAAAUAACACGUUUUCAUCCUUUGCUUAGACUCCUGGAAUCUGAUUCAUUCUGAAACUCUGCAGAUAUCUUUUCGUUUUUAUUGACUUGAGGAACUGAAUGUAUUAGUUAACAUUAAAUGCAUUUCAGACCAGUUGCAAUAGAUUAUCAUAGGUGGGUUAUGAUUAUGUUUAGGUAUUACAUGGUAACCGUUAACUGUUUUCAUGUAGUUGCUUUUGAAUUGUUAGGCAUUCAUGUGUGUGAGUGUGAAAGGGUAAAUGUGAGUGAUAUUAUGGCGUGUGAGUGUUUGCUUGAUGGCAAACCCUAACCUUUGACACCCUCCAGGAGCCCAUCUAGAGGAGAUGCAGCAGAUCCAUGUCUUUCCUCAGUCCUGGCUGCUCCUCAUCUUCUCCAAGCACUACUACACUGUGAGUUCAUAUAGACAGGCACGCCUAAGAGUAUAAGAGGAUCAUUGGGCAAACAUAUUGUCUUUCUCCAUCGUUCGCCCCCAUCCCAGCUCCACAGUGGAGGAGACAUGCAAGUAACAGAUUUCUCACAACAAGCAGUGCGCUUUGGCAUGGUCAUUGAGAGGGUAAGCUUAACUCACUUAACUCUGUAACUACCUUACUUGGCAAAAUGGCGCAAGGUGAAAAUGAAUCGGUUGUGUAAGUCAUUGGCGCUAUUGUCUUGGUGUCGUCCUACAGGAGCCUCAGUACUGCACGCAAACCAUUGGACUUUAUGGCUUCUACUUCCUGCUUAAAGCAGCCAGCAUGGGAGAGCCGGACUCACAUGGCUUCUCUCUGCAGGUCAGGGUGCAUCAACACUGUGUCUGCAUCUCAAAUCGGGAUAUUUGCUCUCGAGUGCCUAUGGCAAGGUUCAGAGGAGGCUGGUGGGAGGAGCUAUAGGAGGACAGGCUCAUGGUAAAGACUGGAAUGGAAUGAAUGGAACGGUAUCAAACACACCAAACAUGGAAACCACAUGUUUGACUCCGUUCCAUAAAUUCCAUUCCAGCCAUUACAAUGAGCCCGUCCUCCUAUAGCUCCUCUCACCAGCCUCCUCUCUCAAGGUUAUAAGUAAUAACCAGCAGAUACAUUACACCAAGUAAACAUAGCAUAGACUGCCGGAUGAAUGGCUGUGUACCUGUGUGUCCACUGCAGAGACUGAGACACUGGGACCCUGCCAUGUCUGUGCAGGCGUGUGAAAGGCACCCUUUCAGUAUGAUGACAGAGCGGGCCGUGUCCUAUCAGAUCAACGUGCAGGCCCAAAUGCACGGCCAGUGGCAGGAGUUCAACAGUGGUCCCAUCAGCCAGGAGUUUGGCCUGAGCAAGCGCACCUGCAAGAGCCAGGUAUGGAGGGAGGAUGGCUUGAUGCAGGAACAGGGAGGAGGGAGUUGGUGGCUGGGUGAUUUCAGGACAGGAGAUAGAGUCUAGUACUUUCAUUCUAUAUGAGUACUGCAAUGUCUUGAUUUCUCACAUUAGUUGGAUACAAGUAAAUUGCUAUUUCUGUGGGGAAAAUGUAGCUUAAACAAAGAAACUUCAAGAGGAUUGACUCGAAUACUAGCUAACAGGGCAUUGUAUCCCUAUUUCUGUUGUAGUUAGAGGGUUCUACUAGCUGAGUGCUGAACUGCUGUAACUCUUCCCUCUGUGUGCAGGUGUUUAAAGUGAGGGGCCUCAGCUUGCCCAUCUUCGUGACCUUCGCCCUGGCCUUCCCUGCAGUCUGA